AUGGUCCACGUCUCAUCGGCCGAGACUCGGUACGACGACGGGGGAGAGGGCGGGACCACAAAGUUGAAAACCCCCUGGUCCCAUUCGAUGAAGUGGACUUUGGCCAAGAACUACAAUGGCUGCCCAGAUGGCACAAGAAACAUUUGCGAGAGCGACACUCAGCCACUUGGUAAGGACCUCGGCGGUAAAAGCGUGGUGGAAGGAGGGGCGGCGAUGGCGGGACGGAGGGAGAGGAUCUCUCGCUUGCUAGAGUGUGGCGCAUUACGCAGAGAUUAA